AAUCUCCUACUGUACCCCUGAAGACAUAGUCGGACAGCUUCAAACAGAGUAGCCCGAAGGCAACGGCGCAACACUUGAAGAAUGGAAGAAACACAUUUUAAAGUUUUAAAACUUUGCUUUUUAUUCAGCUUAAGACAGAUAUGUGCAGCACAAAACGACAUAACCUUGUCUGUGUUCACCGUAACGUCUAAAAGCAUGACGGUGCGAUGGAGCGGCCACGCCGGCGCGAGCUCGUACAAGGUCACCGCUACGCCCAAGAACUCUCCCGAGCCGUCCGUCUUCGCCCAGUUCAGCGGGAACUCGGUUAUGGGCUCAGUGAACUCCCUGUCUCCCAACACGCUGUACACCAUGCAGGUGGAGGCCAUGGACCAGUCCUUGAACGUGCUGAGCAGCGCAAAUACCGUCGAGACCACUGCUCCCGAGGUCCCCUCCAUCGAUCAGGCCUACUCCAAGCAAAGCGACAGCAUCACUGUGGUCUUCAGAGAGGUUUCCGGGGCGACCGGUUACAUCCUGCGUGCGGAGUCAGGGGACAUUUUGACUGAAACCAUGGUAACCAGCUCGCCCGGCACAGUGCUGAACCUGAAUCCGUACACAGAGUACACCAUCAACGUCAUGGCCGUCAACUCAGGAGGAAGAAGUCAGCCCUCAUGGCCCGCCGUCCAGAUCACAACAGUCGUGGUUGCCCCGGAGCUGAACUCCACGUCUCCUAGCAACGACACCAUCCGGGUGACGUGGGCCCCGGUGGAACACGCCGUCCUGUACACGCUGUGCAUCAUCCGCCAGGGCUCCGACUCGCGGCUGAAGGUCAACACCACCGUGCCCUCCUUCACCUUCGACAGCCUGGAGCCCGGCACCAUGUACUCCAUCAAGGCCACCGCCUGGGACCCCCAGGGUCGCCCCGGAGAAGACCAGACUGUCUCUCAGAUCACACGUCCUCCCACCCCUGACCCCAUCCAGGUGCAACUGACCCAGAGCCAGGGUCGUUCGGUGGGGAUGGUGGUGUACUGGUCGAUGGUGCGUGGUGCUGAGGACUACAUUGCUCGCUCCACCACCGGCCAGAACUGCUCCUCAUCAGUAGACAGCUACUGCGUCAUCGACCCGGUGGUCUGCGGUCAGAACCACACCGUCACCGUGACGGCAGAGAACAAGGCCGGGCCCAGCGACCCGUCGCAACCACAGGACGUCUCUACCUUCCCGUGCCCCCCUGAGCGUAUCUGGGUGGAUGAGCGUCCUCCGGGGGACUGCUGGGUGUUGUGGAGCGAGGUGGUGUCGGCGGAGUUCUACAUCGCGUUCGUGAAGAGAGAUGAUGGGGCGGAGCAGCUGUGCAACACCACCAGCACCUCCUGCAGCUUCUCCUGUUCCUGCGGCUACACCUACCUCACCACCGUGUUCGCCUACAACCAGGCCGGGUCCAGCCCGCAGGGGGACGUGCUCAACUACACCACCAUUCCCUGCUGUCCGGAGGACGUUGUCAUAGCGCUGGUCUCCACAGAGACCCUGGAGAUCACGUGGUCGCCGGUGCGGGGGGCGGAGCUGUACGAGACCACGGCGGCGCAGAGUGAUGAUGUCAUCCACUGUAACGACACAGCGCCUGUGUGCGCACUGUCAGACCUGCGCUGCGGCAGCGUGUUCAGCAUGGUUGUCACCCCCUGCAGCGAGCUGAGAGGAUGCAACCACACCUGCCCAGCACACACACGAGCUACAGCCCCCUGCACUCCCGACAUCGUCAACGUGACCCAGACCAACUCGUCCAGUGUGACCGUGGUCUUCACCACCCCCAACGACCCCAAUGCCACCUACGUUGCCUCGGCAGUGGGCCGCAGCGACAGCCACUCCUGCGUGACGAGCUCCUCGUCCUGCCAGCUCAGCCCGCUGCCCUGCGGAGCGUCCUACGACGUCAGCGUGGUCGCCAGCUCCCCCGCCGGACACAGCCUGCCCAGCUACAGCCUGGCCCUGGAGACCGCUCCCUGCUGUCCGUCCUCCCUGACGGUAGACCAGGUGACCCAGGCCAUGACCAACGUCACCUGGUCCCCCGCCCUCGGGGCCCGCUCCUACAUCACGGCGCUCUCGUCGCCACGGGGACACGCCAAGUGUCACACGCUGGACACGCACUGCCUGCUGGGAUGCAUCACGUGUGGCACCAACUACAGCGUGAGUCUGGAGGCCAUCAGCAGGACGGGACACAAGGCCCAGUGCUCCUAUCACGGCUUCUCUUCCAGCGCCUGCUGUCCCAGCAGUGUGAAGCUCUACAGGAUGGCUAACAGCUCCCUGCGGGUGCUGUGGCGUUCCUCAGGGCCGCCGGCGCUCCAGAACCACACGGUGGACCUGUACGGCACCGGGGCCAACUACACCUGCAGCCCGGCGGCCGGAGCCAGCUCCUGCGACGUCCAGGAGGUGGCCUGCGGGGACGUCUACACAGUGGUGGUGGCCCCCCUGGGGCCUGGCGGGGGGCCCGUCCACUUCUGCCCCCAGAGGAUGUACUCUGUGUCCUGUGCAGGGAGCAACGUGGGGAUGGUGAUCUACCGGGGAAAGCGAAGCUUGGAUUAGACAAAGAAGUCCAAGCACACGGACAGGAAGUGCCCGACACUCAAACAACUAAAAAGUGAAACAAUUAAAACAUGGAAACAUUUUAUAUGCAAACUCUUUGUUUUUCCUUUGUUUCCUACUAAGUGCCUUUUUGCUUUUUUGUAAACCUCACGUAUGCUAAUGGAUAAAUAGUGUCCACAUGCUGGACUGUCUGUUGUGUGAGAGAUGCGUGGAAUUUUCAGAUAAAUUCAACACACUUUCUUCUACACUGAAGUGAAAUCAAAGCUUGUGAAUGAUACAUUCUCUAUGAUUCCGCUGCUCUUCGAUAUAUUUCCGAUUCUAGAACCAUUACCCAUUCUAGAACCAUUACCCAUUUUAGAACUGUCUGUUUAGCAUGUCUCCAAAUUUUGUUUUUGUUACCUAUAAGAUCUGACAUCUUUGACCUGUUCUGCUAACCUCUAGCUGAUUAACUAUUUCCUUUUCUACUAAGUUUUCUUCAAUGCCAUGAAUAUAAAAUAUCAGUGUGAUAUGAACCACGAGAAAGUGUAUGAAACUGUGGCCUCUCCCCAACAGAUAUCACCUUUACAAUAUUAACAUAUGAACAGGUUUUAUUACAAGACUAAAGAACCUUCCAGAACCUAAGCCCCCCCCAUAGCAGAGCGCCUCCACAGGUGUGU